AUGGCCCCCCGCGGGAUGCGGCCCCCGCCGCGCUUCCUCCUCCUCCUCCUCUUCCUCCUCCUCGCCGCCGCAGGCUGCCGCUCCGGCGUGGUGGAGGUGGAGCACAGCGUGACGGCGGUGCUGGGCCAGGACGUGGUGCUGCCGUGCCGGUACCGGGCGCAGGAGCAGGAGCAGGUGGUGCAGGUGACGUGGCUGAAGCGGGGCCCGGCCGGGCACAACACCGAGAUGGCCGUGCUCAACCGGCAACACGGCGAGCACGUGCUGGAGCCCUACGCUGGGCGGGUGCUGCGGCGGGCGAGCGGGGCGCUGGAGGACGGCGCCAUCGUCCUUCGGAACGCCGUGCAGGGGGACGAGGGCGACUACGAGUGUCACCUCAUCACCUUCCCCCUGGGCAGCUUCGAGGGGCGCCUCACCCUCAAGGUGCUGGUGCCACCGCUGCCCAUCCUGAACCCGGGGCCGCCGCUGGAAGAGGGGCAGGGCCGGACGCUGGCGGCCUCGUGCACGGCGGAGGGCAGCCCGGUGCCCUCGGUGCACUGGGAGACGGAGGUGCGGGGCACCAACGCUACGCGCCGCUCGGCGCACGCCCGCUCCGCCUCCGUCACCAGCGAGUUCUUCCUGGUGCCCGGGCGCAGCAUGAAUGGCAAGAGCCUGACCUGCGUGGUGGCCCACCCCGGCCUGCGCCACGAGAAGAGGAUCACCCACCUCCUCAGCGUCGCCUACCUGUCGGACGCCUCGGUGCUGGGGCACACGGAGGAGUGGCAGGAGGGCAUGGAGGGGGCCACGCUGACCUGCCUGGGGGACGGCAAUCCCCCCCCCACCUACAACUGGACACGGCUGAACGCCCCGCUGCCCGCCGGCGUGCGGGUGAAGGGGGACACCCUCGUCUUCCAGCGGCCCCUCGCCGCCGCCGAUGCCGGGGACUACGUCUGCCGCGUCUCCAACCGCGUGGCCGCCAAGGAGGCGCGGGCCAACGUCAGCAUCAAGGGCAGGGUGGCAGACAACGAGGUGCGCAAGGUGGACCUGGUCUCGGCCUCAGUGGUGGUGGUGGGCGUCAUCGCCGCCGUCCUGCUCUGCGUCCUCGUCGUCGUCGUCGUCGUCAUGACCCUCUACCACAAGCGCAAGACCAAGCGCAUCUCCGAGAAGUACGAGGAGGAGCUGACGCUCACCCGGGAGAACUCCAUCCGCCGCCUGCACUCCAGCCACAGCACCGACACGCGCACCCAGCUGGAGGAGACGCUGCAGCUGCGCACGGAGAGCCGGCAGGGCAGCCUGCGCGGGGACAGCCUGCGUGGGGACAGCCUGCGCGGCACCAGCAUCUGCUCCGCCAUGAGCGAAGAGCCCGAAGGUCGCAGCUACUCGACGCUCUCGACGGUGCGGGAGAUCGAGACGCAGACGGAGGUGCCGGCAGCACCGCUGCUGCCCGCCCCGGCAGGGAAGGAGCCGAAGGAGGAGGAGGAGGAUGGCGGCAGCAGGGGGGACGACCCCAUCAAGCAGGCCAUGACCCACUUCGUGCAGGAGAACGGGAUGCUGCAGGCCAAACCCACCACCAACGGCAUCUACAUCAACGGCCGCGGGCACCUGGUGUGA